AUGACUUCAAUUGGUACUGGUUAUGAUUUAUCAAAUAGUGUUUUUUCACCAGAUGGUAGAAAUUUUCAAGUAGAAUAUGCAAUGAAAGCAGUUGAAAAUGGUAGUACAUCAAUUGGUAUCAAAUGUAAAGAUGGGAUUGUUUUGGCAGUCGAAAAAAUUAUAAAUUCAAAAUUAUUGAUACCAAACAAAAACAAAAGAAUUCAAACAGUUGAUCGUCAUGUUGGAGUAGUAUAUUCAGGUUUAUUACCAGAUGGACGUCAUUUUGUCAACAGAUGUAGAGAUGAAUCACAAUCGUUUAAAUCAAUAUUUAAAAUUCCAAUACCAGUACCUAAUUUAAUGGAUAGAAUGGGGAUAUAUGUUCAAAAUUAUACAUGUUAUAAUUCAGUUAGACCAUUUGGUAUAGUAUCAAUAGUUGGAGGAGUAGAUGAUGAUGGACCACAUUUAUAUAUGAUAGAACCAAGUGGGACAUGUUGGGGUUAUAGUGGAGCGGCGACUGGAAAAGGUAGACAAAUUGCAAAAUCAGAAUUAGAAAAAUUAAAUUUUGAAGAAAUUACUUGUAAAGAAGCAAUACCUAUAGCAGCAAAAAUAAUAAAAUUAGCUCAUGAAGAUAAUAAAGAUAAAGACUAUGAAUUAGAAAUUUCUUGGAUAAGUAAAGAGCAUACUGGUGGUAGACAUCAGUUUAUACCUGAUGAUUUAUUAGAAGAUGCAAAAAAACAAGCUGAUGAAGAAGAUGAUGAAGAAGAAGAUGAAGAUGAGGAAAUGGAAUCGUAA